CAUCGCUGCUCCCUCAGAACAAGGAACGAGCUCUUGCUUUUUCAGAGAAUGGAGACCACGCGACAAUUUCCAUGGAUACUGAUCGUCGUUGCAACAACGUGCCUUCUCUAUCGGGGGAAUGCUCGGAACAGUGGGGAUGACGUCAUCAUACUGAGCAUGAUGAAUGACUCUGCCGCGUACGUCUACACCCAGAGCAACGAGUCCGACAUGUUGGCCAUCGAAUAUCUCGCAACAGAGCGCAGAUUUAAUAAAACGCUUGACGACGCAUGGAGGGAUGCAAGUUCCCUACGACAAAACGAUCCGCGGCUGAGCAAGGUCCCAGUGCCCCGGGGGCUCAAAGAAGAACACGUAGUCGCCGUAAUUGCCUAUACGCUUGAGACUGAAUUGUACCGCCAGUUCAACGCGGCACUGAGGUUGUACGGCACCAACGACUCGAUGUACGCGGAGAAAUUUCCCUUCAAAAGUUUCCAGUACCUUCUAUCCAUUGCCCUCGAGAGACUGAUAGAGGAGUUGGGUAAACCACCCCAGCCGACCUACAGGAGAAUGAAAAAAACGUGCACUGGUAACGUGGGAGAAAGAAUAAAAUUUGGCACUUUUGCUUCGUCCUCUCGCAGCAAAGAGCACUAUGAAUUCGGAAGCAAAACAGUAUUUACAAUUUUCUCUCAGUACGGUGCCCAGAUACAAAAUUACUCGGCUGUCCCCGAUCAGGAAGAGGUUCUGAUUCCGCCAUAUGAAGCGUUCAAAAUCACGAGUUACAAACGGCGCGAUGACGGAGUUGAUAUUUCUCUCCAAAAGGACGGGAAGGCUGAGAUCAAGGUAAGGGUAGAGAGGGGCAGUAAUGGCGAGAUGAGGGUGCUGCGGCAUGAGGAGACAUGCCCCUAUAGGCGUGGUUGA